AUGGCUGCAGUCGCUGCCAGCGUAGUGCCAGCUUUGGCUGAUCGGCCCGUCAAGAACACCAUCUGCCUCUUCGACGUCGAUGGCACUCUUACGCCUGCAAGAAGAACCGUCUCUCCCGAAAUGCUGCAACUCCUUUCCGCACUCCGUCACAAAGUCGCAAUCGGCUUUGUCGGCGGCAGCGACCUCGCGAAGCAGCAAGAGCAGCUCGGCACCGCUCAGAUCCCCGUCACCACCCUCUUCGACUUCUGCUUCGCCGAAAACGGCCUGACCGCGUACCGGAUGGGCCAACCGCUUGCCAGUCACAGCUUCAUCAAGUGGAUUGGCGAGGACAACUACAAGAAGCUUGUGCGCUACAUCUUGCACUACGUCGCGGACUUGGAUCUUCCAGUCAAGAGAGGUACUUUCGUCGAGUUCAGGAACGGCAUGAUCAACGUCAGCCCCAUCGGCAGGAACGCGAGCGUGCAGGAGCGCAAUGAUUAUGAGAAAUUCGACCUUGAGCACAAGAUUCGCGCGACGUUUGUGGAACAGAUCAAGAAGGAGUUUCCAGAUCUAGGGUUGACCUACUCCAUCGGCGGCCAAAUCUCCUUCGACGUCUUCCCGCAAGGCUGGGACAAGACGUACUGCUUGCAGCAUGUGCAGAACGAGAAGAACAUGCCAGGCGGUGUCGAUUACACGACCAUCCACUUCUUCGGCGACAAGACGUACAAGGGCGGCAAUGACUGGGAGAUCUACGAGGACCCGAGGACGGUGGGCCACAGCGUGAAGAAUCCGGAAGAGACGAUGGCGGAGCUUAAGAAGCUAUUUGAUUUGUAA